UUAACCUAAAAGUGAACUAUAUUUCAUUGCUUGUAGGAUGGUAUGGGAAAUCUGAGAGUCACCAAGAAGGGAAUCCGACUUGAAGGUAUAUCUGAGUUUCUACUUCCAUUGUAUGUGAAAGAAAUUCAUUCCCGAAAGGAUAGCCCACUGGUCUUACAGUCUGACAGGAAUGUAACAGUGAAUGCAAGAAAUCACAUGGGGCAGUUAACUGGACAGCUGACAGUAGGAGCUGAGGCUGUGGAAGCUCAGUGUAAAAGAUUUGAAGUGAGAGCGAGUGAAGACGGCAGGGUGCUGUUUUCUGCAGAUGAAGAUGAGAUUACCAUUGGGGCUGAAAAGCUGAAAGUUACAGGCACUGAAGGAGCAGUGUUCGGGCACUCUGUGGAGACACCUCACAUCAGAGCGGAACCUUCCCAAGACCUCAGGCUUGAAUCACCAACCAGGUCCUUGAUAAUGGAAGCUCCUCGGGGGGUCCAGGUGAGUGCUGCAGCUGGAGACUUCAAGGCCGCCUGCAGGAAGGAGCUCCAUUUACAGUCCACAGAGGGGGAGGUGAGUGCCGAGUGUGGACGCUGGCCCUUUACUGCUGAGGACGCGUCUUCUCAAAUUGUAUGCACGUGGGUUCAGGAGAAACGGAAAGAACUGCUUCCUGACAGAGCUGAAAUUAUGAAAAUAUUAAUAUUUCUUGAGUAUGCAACUGGAAAAGCAGAUCCAGUUGUUCAGCAGUAUCGAAAAAAUAUAUUUUUGAAUGCGGAUACGAUCCGGCUGGGAAACCUGCCGACGGGCUCUUUUUCCUCGUCUUCCCCCAGCUCCUCCAGCUCCCGGCAGACGGUGUACGAACUGUGCGUCUGCCCCAACGGCAAACUUUACCUGUCUCCGGCCGGGGUCGGGUCCACUUGUCAGUCCAGUAGCAGCAUCUGCUUGUGGAGCUGA